GGCAUCCUCCGGCGCAUGGACGAGCUUGGGGUGGAGGUGCCGCUGUCCGCCUACGCGGCCGCAGUGGACGCGUGCGCGCUAAUCGUCGGCGGGCGUGGGGACCUUGUGCCGUGGGAGUGGGCCCUGGCGCUGCUUAAGGAGGCGGAGGACCGCGGGCUGCCCUUGGACGAGGAGAUCUUCCUCUCCGCCAUCGGCGCCUGCGGGGCCAGCCUCCAGUGGGAGUGGUCGCUCCACCUCCUGGAGCAGGCGAGGCGGCGCGGCAUCGGCCUCGCGCAGGGCAUGUACGAGCGCACGAUCCGGGC